AUGCAGCAAUUCCUCACCUCCGUUCUCAUAGAGAGCGGUCCCGAAUCCGUCCCUUACGUAGAAUCCAGCAAGCCGUUGAUCAGGCAACAUCUCCUCGACCUAAUCUCUUGCUACCCUUCCUUAAACCCCAAAACGGCGACGUUUAUCCACAACGAUGGCUGCCCCUCCAUCAACCUCCUCCAAGCGGACGGAACGAUCCCGAUGGAUUACCACGGAGUCACAUACAACAUCCCCGUCAUCAUCUGGCUGCUAGACUCUUACCCUUUCCACCCUCCUUGCGUCUACUUGAACCCCACUCCAGGCAUGAUCAUCAAGCGACCUCACGCCCACGUCACCCCUUCGGGACUCGUCUCGUUUCCUUACCUCCACAACUGGGCUUACCCUAGCUCCAACCUCGUCGACCUCGUCUCCGAGCUUACCGCUUCCUUCGCUCGCGAUCCGCCUCUCUACUCCCGACGCCGUCCUCAACCGAAGCAGUCGUCUCCUCUGCGUGAUCAAUCAUUGUCGAGACCGUUCCAGCACGUUCACCACCACCAGCAAUCAGAUGACGUGGCGGUGGUUUACAAGAAAGAAGCGAUCGAUAAGGUCAUUAGAGAAUUAGCUGAGUUGAGUUUGCAAAGAGUGCUGAGGAGAAGAGAGGAACUGAGGAAGAGAUCAACAGAAGGUUGA